AGCACAAUCGAUCGCCUUCAAGGACGCGCAGGAGAGCUGAAGGGCGGGAAAGGAUUCCGCGGAUCUUUCAAAGGAUUCGUCUACGGGUCUCAGAACCAGGCGAUCCUGUCGGACAUGAAAGAAGAUAUGGCAAGAGCAAUAUCUCUUUUUACGUGGCCCGCCCAUAACAUCUUCCCGCAGCAAAUCCAACGUCAGUUACAGGAAGCUCAACGCCAACUACAGGAAAAUCAACGUCAGCUACAGGAAGCUGAGGAUCGAAAGAUUGUGGACUCCAUUCCUUGGGCCGACGCAGGCUACCGCUCGGUCGACGAACUCAAGAGCGGGUUCAUGCAAGGCACUCGGAAGGAGCUAUUCGCGGAGCUAGAGUCGUGGUCUCAUGGUCGAUUCCCCGAGGACAAGCCCAAGCGAGCCUACUGCCUCAGCGGCGGAGCAGGCUUGGGAAAGUCGUCAAUUGUCCACCAGCUCUGCGUCCGUCUCGAUGCGGCCGAGCAAUCCCCUCUCAGGCUCGGCGCAUCCUUCUUCUUCGUCCGUGGGCGCGGAGAUCUAGAAUCCGCUCGCCUGUUCUUCCCAACCCUUACACGUCAGCUUGCGCGGUCCCGACUAGCCCUUUGCCCGUAUAUCGUCAGUGCCGCACGGGAAUAUCUUGUGCAUGGCGAGCAGCAGCAGAUGCAACACGCGCUCCAAGGGCUCCUUCGGAAGGCCCUCAUUGCCGCUCCCGCAGACCAGUUGCCGACACUGCUUGUCGUUGACGGAAUAGACGAAUGUAAGGAUAGAGAGCUUGUUCCUGACUUGCUUCGAUCCUUGCUUAGUCUUGUCCGCGAGUUUCCCUGGUUGUACAUCUUUGUCGCAUCGCGCCCGGAACCCCAUAUAUUGUCGGUGCUCGCAUCUCCCGACUUCGCUGACAUCGUACAUCAUAUGCGACUGGAAGACACGCUAGAGGACUGGGGUAGCGACGUAGACCGUUAUCUCAGAGAGACGGUGCCGAAGAUACCCCUCUACGGCGAUUUCCUCGACAAACACCCUGACUCUCUUGAACGCCUCAUCAAGCGUGCGGCCGGUGUAUUCAUCUUCGCCCGCAUCGCAGUGAAUUUCUUGGAUAUGCACCGGAAUCAUCCGGAGGAGUGGUUCGAGCUCGUUCUUUCGGGCGGAAGUCCAGCGACGUCUCCUCUCGAUGCGCUGUAUCUGCAGAUCCUACGGUCCGCAUUCCCCCCAGAAGACUUGCGCGCCUCACCCCGUCAACGCGAACGUCUCCGCUCUUUCCUGCGUUUCAUUGCACUAGAAUCUGGCGCAACUCCCGAGACUGUUGCAUUCUACGAACCCGAGCUGUCCGUGGACGACGUCUUCUACAUAGUGGACCGCCUGCGCUCCGUGCUGAUGAUCGGCAAGGACGGGGAUGUGGUACCCCUUCAUGCCUCAUUCAGCGAGUUCCUUGUCGAUGAGGAUCGGUGCGGUGAUGCGCUCUACCAUGUGGACAAGUCUGAAGGACAUGCUCACCUUGCAUGUGCCUGUCUAGCAGCUAUGUCCUUUGAAAAUCGCACAUAUUACCUGCAGAAACCAGACAAAUACGCACGUAUCAACUUCAAUGUAAUGGUAGACCGUUGGCGGAAGCAUGUUGAGCAAGCCAAAUGUACCGCGGAGUUGGAGGAGCAGCUAUUUCAGUUCGUGCAAGACAUCCGACUGGCAUUGCAUAUGUGGAUCAUCAUAGAAUUUAAACCCGGGGUCACAGGCUAUUCUAUACAAUAUAUGUGGGACUGUCUUCAGG